GAUGUAAAAACCUGCAAUACGUGUACCGGUGUAAAUCCUGCUCCUUGCACGUGAAAUACAAAAGUUUUGUGUUUUGAUGAUUUGAACAUUGUAACAUCAAAUCUUAAUUUUUUUUUAAAUAAUAACGGUUACUAAACAUUGAUAAGGCAAAACAGGUUAUUUAAAUAUUUGUUUGUUAUUAAUUUUAGGUAUAUAAACAAUGAAGAAAUACUUAGGGUUGUUCUUACUAUCCUGUACAUUGAUUUUAAUUAGUAUCUCAGCAGCUGAAGAAAAUGAUUAUUACAAAUUGCUAGGAAUUAACAGAGAUGCUACUGUUAAAGAAAUUAGAAAGGCAUUUAAAACAUUGGCUGUGAAAUUGCAUCCCGACAAAAAUAAAGAUGAUGAAAAUGCAGAUAAAAACUUUAUUCUGUUAGCUAGAGCUUAUGAAGUAUUGAAAGAUCCUGAUUCCAGAAAACAUUAUGAUCUUUAUGGAGAACAGACACCCUCAACACAAUUUAAGAAAAAGUAUCAUAGUUACAGUUACUAUCAUGAUCAGUUUGGUAUCUAUGAUGAUGAUCCAAUCAUUGUUACUCUCAGUAGAUACGAUUAUGAGGUAAAUAUUUUGGACACCAACCAAGCUUGGUUUGUAAACUUUUAUUCCCCUAACUGCCAUCAUUGUCAUGAUUUGGCGCCAACGUGGCGAAAACUUGCUAAGGAACUGGAAGGAGUAAUUCGAAUUGCUGCCGUGAACUGUGAGGAUGACUAUAAACUCUGCCAUCAGCUUAAUAUACGGGCAUAUCCCACCUUGUUGUACUACGAAAAAGAGUUUCACCUCUACGAAGGAUUAGAAUAUAGAGGCGAUAGAACAUUGGAAGCUCUUGAGGAACAUGUGCUGUCGAAAUUGGAUGUGAACUUACCAGAUAUAAGUUCUGGUAACUGGACCGAACUUGACACCGGAAAUGUUCCAUGGCUGCUAUUUUUGUGUGGUGAUAACCAGGACUGUCCCGAGAAGAAACCUAUGCUAAAAUUAGGAACGUCCUUGGAAGGACUGGUAUCUGUUGGGGUAAUUCGAGAAGAAUCAUUAUGUGAAAAAUUAUCGAGCGACUAUAAAAAUAAUCCAAUGGUAUUAUUACAACCAGCCAAAUCAGACUCAGAAGGUCCUAGUCCUUUAAAAAUGCACAUUAUUGAAGAAUACGGAUCAAACACACUGGAGACCAUUUUAUCAAAAUUGCCCGAUCCGGAAACUAUUGAUGAAGAUCAGUUUAAGAAAAUAAAAACUGGACUGGAAAGUGGAUCUGAAUCGCCGUGGCUGUUUUGCUUCUAUUUAGGAGCUGCCACUCAACUAAAUUUACAACUCAAACGGCUUCCUCAACUAAUACCUAACAUAAAAGUUGGUUUAAUUCAUUGUGGACGAAAUUCUGCAUUGUGUUCAAGUGUACAUAUCGUAAGAUAUCCAUCGUGGGGGGUUUUAAAAGCUGGUGGAGCUUUUGAGUUACAUCAUGGACGUGAUGUAUUGUAUGAAGUAGCUAAUUUUGCCAAAGAAAGUACCAAAUCAAAGAAUUUUCAUGCUUUAUGUGAAGAAGACUUUUAUGAUAUAAUAAAAAAAGGCACUCCUUGGUUUAUUGACUGGUAUGCACCCUGGUGCCCACCCUGUAGAAGAUUACUUCCUGUAUUAAGAAAAGCGAGCCAAAAUUUCGAUUCCCAAAAAGUACAAUUUGGAACUAUCGAUUGUACUUCUCAUAUGAAUCUUUGCAGAAGUCAAGGGAUUAAUUCGUAUCCAACAUCAAUCUUAUAUAACAAUUCCAAAACUCAUCAUUUCCAUGGUUCGCCAGAUGCCAGAAGUAUUAUAGACUAUUUAGACGACAUGUUAAAUCCGACAAUUGUAACUUUGGACCAAGAUAACAUUGGUUUGUUAAUGCGAAAGCCGAAGAAACAAUUAUGGCUUGUGAAUUUUCAACAUCCCAACUGUGGAGCUUGCCAGAGUUUAGAAUCUUCCUGGAGGCAGCUUGCUAAGCAGAUGACUGUACCAGCAAUAAAAAUAGCCCAGUUGGAUUGUUCGAUUAAUCAUGAUAUUUGUAAUCAAAUGGAUAUUAGAGGAUAUCCCACAAUUAGAGCCUAUCCAUUGGAUUCUUCAGGAUUGGAUAAUUAUUUGGACUACAGAGGAAGAAGAGAUGUGCUGUCGUUAAAAUCAUGGGCUUUUAGCCUAUUGCCUUCUUCAGUGGAAUCAUUUACUGCUGUAACACUAGAAGCUCAAGUAUUAACUAAGAAAUAUAUAUUACCUUGGAUUAUAGAUUUCUACGCACCUUGGUGUGGUCAUUGUGUUGAAUUUGAACCGAAUUUUAGAACUGUUGCAGAACGAUUGGAAGGUAUAGUUAGGACCGGAAAGCUAGAUUGUGAAAAAGAACGCAUUUUUUGUGGAAAGACCUUAGGAAUUACGGCCUAUCCAACAGUAAGACUCUAUAUAUCGCCAUCAAAAUACUAUCCAAUUGAAAGUUUAGGUGUUUCCGAUAUUUUGAAACAAGUGACGGAAAUCUUAGAAAAACAGAAAGCGCACGAACACGACCACGACGAACUAUAAAAGGUUCUUUGGCUUUUGUAUUUCAAAAUAAUCACUGUUUGACCGAGAACUGUCAAUUUUGAAAUCCGUUAGUGUCAUGUCUAAUUGGAAAAUUCCUCUACGUGUUUGGUUCACACGCUGGUGUUUGUGAGUUCGAAUCCCAAUUAUGAAUUUCCUUUUUUAUUUUUAAAAUAUUUAAAAACCUCACGUUCAUCUUAUUAAAUAUGUAAUAUACGCAAAAAUGCUAAAUUU